AUGGCCGCGGCCGCGGCGGGUGGAGCCGCGGGCCCGUCCCCCGGCCCCGCCGCCAGGGCCCCUCCGCAGGCGCUGCGGCGGCGUGGGGACUCCCGGCGUCGCCAGGCCGCGCUCUUCUUCCUCAACAACAUCUCGCUGGACGGGCGGCCCCCGAGCCUGGGCCCCGGCGGCGAGAAGCCCCCGCCGCCGCCCGCCGAGGCCCGCGAACCGCCUGCGCCGCCGCCGCCGCCGCCGCCGCCUCCCCCGCUGCCCGCGCCCCCCGCCGGCCUGCCGCAGUCUGGUCCUCCCGGCAGGGCCUCGGCGCCCCAGGGUCUGCUCAGCCCCGCGCCCGCGCCCACCGGCUUGGGCCUGGGCCUGGGCCUGGGCCUGGACGGGCAGCGCCAGAGAAGGCGAGUCGCCUCCCAGCGCUGCUCCCUCGAGUUUCUGGAAGACGCCGUGGGAUGUGCCUCAGUUCAAAGAACCAAGCCUAUCUCGGGCUCCCCGCGACACAAGGGCCUGAAGAAGACCCACUUCAUCAAGAACAUGCGGCAGUACGACACCAGGAACAGCAGGAUCGUGCUGAUCUGCGCCAAGCGGUCCCUGUGCGCGGCCUUCUCGGUCCUGCCCUACGGAGAAGGCCUGCGUGUCAGUGACCUGAGGGUGGACAGCCAGAAGCAGAGGCAUCCGUCGGGCGGCGUCUCCGUGUCUUCAGAGAUGGUCUUUCAGUUGGAGGGCGUCGAGCUGGGGGCCGAUGGAAAGGUCGUGUCUUAUGCCAGGUUCCUGUACCCCACCAACGCCCUGGUCACACUCAAGCCAGACAGCCACGUUCCACCGCCUCAGCCCCGGCCCAGCAUCCCCCGCACCCUGCUGGCGUCCAGAUGCAAACCUGGCCCCCCCAGGGCGGCGCCUGCCGGCACGGAGCUAGGGGCCGACAUGGGGGAUCCCCUGGAGUACAACCCGAACCUCCUGGACGAUCCUCAGUGGCCCUGCGGCAAGCACAAGCGUGUCCUCAUCUUCGCGUCCUACAUGACCACGGUGAUAGAGUACGUGAAGCCCUCCGACCUCAAGAAGGACAUGAACGAGACCUUCCGGGAGAAGUUCCCACACAUCAAGCUGACGCUGAGCAAAAUCAGGAGUUUGAAACGAGAGAUGCGGAACCUGUCUGAGGAGUGUGGGCUGGAGCCCGUGACCGUGUCCAUGGCCUACGUAUACUUCGAGAAGCUCGUCCUGCAGGGCAAGCUCAACAAGCAGAACCGCAAGCUGUGCGCAGGCGCUUGCGUGCUGCUGGCGGCCAAGAUCAGCAGCGACCUGCGCAAGAGCGACGUGAAGCAGCUCAUUGACAAGUUAGAAGAAAGGUUUCGAUUCAACAGACGGGAUCUGAUUGGGUUUGAGUUCACGGUGCUCGUGGCCUUGGAACUUGCUCUCUACCUUCCCGAGAGCCAGGUCUUACCUCAUUACAGGCGCCUCACGCAGCAGUUCUAGCCGGCCGCCGCGGGCGUUUGCGGGCGCUGCAGGGCGCACCCCGCGGGCGGUGCCGCCUCCUCCACCUUGGCUUCCUCGGAGCGGGCCUGCUUCCACGCCAAAGCACACUCCCCACCGCCACGGUAUUUCUGAGCCCCCUGGCGUUCUUCCGCGAACCAGUGCGGGGUUUGUUACUGCUUCUUCUUUCCCUGUGCCUGAGACGGGUCUGGCACCAGCACGUGGAUGUGCGCUGCGCGGGGCUGAAUCCUGCCUCUUCAGCGCCUUUCUCCUUUGCGUGAGCCAGCCCUCUGCAAACCACCGUAGUCACUGCACUAGCAUCUGCGGAGACCUGGGUUUCCAGAGCUCACUGGACGCCCUGAAUUGCUGGAGUGACCCUGACAAAGCAUUCAUCUUGGCUCUCUCAGGUUUUCAGAAGUGGGAACUGCACUGGCCCCAGCAGCCCCUCGGGGGUUGCCGGCCCCACCUCCACCCCACCCUGACCGCCCGCCUCCGCCGGCAAGGCUCUGGCAUCAGCCUGGGCCCCGGCGAGUGGACUCCUGGCUGGUCUUGAUCUUGCUUUUACUCUCGGGCCUCUGUUCUUGCGAGGAUCGUGUCACUGUGAAGCCCUGAUGCCCCGACUGUCACACACCCCAGCAGGCCUCUGGUACGGGCACUAGCCCACCCCACACGCAGGGACGCGUCUCACCAGGAACACCCCACCGGCCCAUGACACUUGGGACCUGCAGGAGGGCUGAGUUGCUGGCUCUUGGUCUUCCUGAGCAAUACUGCAGAGAAAACCCAUUAUUUAUUGUCAUGUAGGACUUGCUUCUGUAGGUCUUUUUUUCCUGAGGGAACAAAAGCGUGUUAAAGAGACCUGAAGUUGUGACUUGAAUCACACUUGACCCUCAAGCAGGAGGAGACUGAUCACUUCCCGGCCUUGCCUCCCUGGAAGGGCUGGUGCCCGGGCCUUUUCCCCACGGGCACGAAGUGGCUUCUCCACACCACGGUCUCCAGCUCUUGCGUGUGCUUUGCUGCCCGCCCGAACACUGAAGACCAAGGAGGAGUUUCUCCCUUGAGAGUCGGCUGCUCACAAAAAAAUGACUGUGUUGGCUGGGCCAUGAAGCUGCUGUCCUACUGCUGUCCUAGAAAGCUGUCACUGGAGGGGCUCUGGGACAGCCCCACCCUGCAUUCUGCCCAUGUGGACUGGUGCUUUUGCAGAAAGGAGUUGCCAGCACUCAACCAGCAGCAGCUGCUGAGACCCCAGCAGAGGUGUGGGACGGCCACCUGCAGGCCUGCUCCCACCUGCCUGCUGUGUUCAGUCACUCAGUUGGGCUGAGGGGGACAGCAGGCCAGAGACAGAGCCCACGUGGGUUUACCGAGUGCCUCUUCCCCGUCCUCCUGCCCAAGACCGCCCUGGACCCGAUGUGCACCAGGGGGGUUUUGAAGGAUGAAGCUGCUAGGCCCCAGGCAACUCUUCUAGGUGACCUGUCCUGCCAUCACAGGUCCCACGGACACGAACACGUGCUGCAAGGGACCGACUUCCAAAACUGUACGUUGCUGGUUUACAAUUAGCCUCAAGGGACCCGUCUUGGGGGUUUCUAUACAGACAUUAGGAUGGCUGGAGUAAUUUAAGUUUGCGUGUCCACGUAGUGAGGUUUUCUCGUUCACCAAACCCAUCUGUAACCUUCCCCUUUGUGUGCUGCACCCUUUUUAAUGAUGUCAGGAGCUGCCACUGUGUGGUACUCCAGUGAAGCCAGUAUUUAAGGCAUUUAACUUCAGCCUAAACUGUCCCCCCCCCGAACCUGCUCAGACAUGAGUCCAAGGGCCUUGUGCCGCCCCCUCAGCACCGGGCAGGUGUUGUGGAUUUAAAUGUGUGCUUAGUGGUCAUCUGACCUAAGUCAUGUGUCAUGGAUCUGUUAGCAAAGUCAUGUACUUGUGCUUUUAAGUAAAAUCUGGUUUUGCAGUA